GAUCUAUUGAAAUCAACUUUUUUUUUUUUACUUUAGCAUCGUAUAACUGGAAAUUGUGAAACGAAUUGUUAGAGCACCAUUAUCCUGGUUUCUCUUAAUGGGUUCUAUGUUAAAUGGGCUAUUUAUUUAAAUCAAAAGAGAAACUAAAUGGGUGUUACCGAUCCUUAAUUUGGCUAUUUGGGAACCGAUUUGGGAAGGGUUUGUUCCGGCACGUGUCAGCUUCUAAAAAAAAAAAGAUUUAUUUUGUUUUUCUUUUCUUCCUCUCUUCGCGAUCUCCGUCUCUCUCUCUUCUCGAUCUCCCUCUUCUCUCUUGAUCUCCGACUUCUCUCUUCUCUCUUCUCUCUUCUCUCUUGAUCUCCGCCGGAGAACGUGUGAAAGCUAUCAGUCUGAUCCGUAACAGACGAAGCCAUCCUCCGCCUCAAUCUCAUCGCCUCCUUCUCUCUUCUCUCAGCCCAAAACUCAAGUCUUCUCCAGAAUCCCUGAUCUCGCUUCCUCUCUGAUUGCAUGCCGACAGACCACUCCAUCUAAGCAAAGGGGAGGUAUGAUGAGGAUUGGAUCGAUCAGACCCGAGUAUGAGUUCGAUGAUGAGGAUUCGAUCGAUCUUGCAUGUUUCCAUCUCCACGAAGCUGAUGUGUUUGUUCAGUGGAUCCUUGCGUUCUUCUGGAUCUUUAAGGCCUUUGUCCAGUACUGUCUUCGUGGCUGAAGGUUCUGUAGCUAUGACAUUGUUUCUGUCUUCGCAACCACAACCUGAGACUAUCGUAGAGGUAAUUUUCCACUGAGUUAGGGUUAAAUGCUUUUCUGAGAUAUUCAUUAUUGCUCUUGUCUGGAAAGUAGUUGAAACGUGUUUAAAUGCUUGUCUGAGUUAGUGUUGAAUCCGCUUGUGAUGAAAGUAGUUGAUAGAGGGUUUAAUGCUUGGUUUAGUAUUGUAUUAGGAGUGUGAGAUAGGUAAUAAAUAUGUUAGAUUUAUGUCAACUCAUGUAAUAAACCCAUUAUCUUGUCCUCUAUUAGAUCUGAUUCCAUCUAUCUUUCUUUUCAUCUUCUCGAAAGCAUCCUUCUUAUCUUUCUAUUUGUCUUGUAACACAUUUCUUCCUUUUUCUCUCUUCUUCGAAAUUUGGCUCUAUGGAUUCAACGAAUCCAUAUACUGAGACCGCCAAUUUUGUUGACCUUCUUACAAGUCAACAAGGUUGUGUCCCUCCUCAAGCCUUUCGUUAUGAUGGUUUCUCGCAUGGUGGGGAGGUCGGAUCAUCACAAGUCCAUGUCUAUAGUACUCACUGUACUGACACUGCAAGCAUCGGUGAAGAGACACCAUCAGAGGGACGACAGAGGAAGAAAUGGAGUCUCACCGAGGAUGUUGUGCUUAUUAGCGCAUGGUUGAACACUAGCAAGGACCCUGUUGUAGGCAACGAGCAAAGAGCUGGUGCUUUCUGGAAGCGGAUAGCUGCUUACUUUGCAGCUAGUCCAAAGGUGCAAGGUGGUGAAAAGCGAGAGUCAAUCCAGUGCAAGCAGAGAUGGCAGAAGAUAAACGAUCUCGUCUCCAAGUUUUCUGGAUCCUAUGAGGCGGCAACAAGACAGAAGACAAGUGGAAUGAAUGAGAAUGAUGUAGUUAAGCUGGCACACGAGAUCUUCCACAAUGAUCACAAGAUGAAAUUCAAUCUUAAACAUGCGUGGGAGGAGCUACGGUUUGACCAGAAAUGGUGUGAAGUAGCUAGUAGUAAGCUUGAUGGAAGCAGUAAGAAGCGCAAGUGUGACGAUGGGGCUCAGUCCGAAAGCUCUCACGCAACCCCCAAUGAUGGUGAGCAACGUCCUCCUGGUGUUAAGGCAUCAAAACGAGGAAGUGGUAAGAGAACCAAUGAAGACCUCAAGGAUGUCUCAGAGAUAAAGAGCUUAUGGGCAAUUAAGGAGAAAGAUUUGGAAGUGAAAGAAAGAUUGUCCAGGAUGGGCCUGCUUGAGACUCUCAUUGCCAAAAAAGAGCCUCUCUCUGACUUUGAAGAAGCUUUAAAGACGAAGCUUAUUUCAGAAAUGUUGGGCGGCUCAGUGUAGGUCUCAUUGUUGCUCUAUAUCAGGCGGCAACACUUACCGAAGGAGUGGAGCAUUGAGGUCUUCUGGUCUUAUGUGUCACGGACGUGGAAAAGCGGAUGUUAUUUUGUUGUUUUCUUGUGUCAAAGCUUGCUGUGUCGUUGUUGGUUUGUUGUGUCACGGAAGUAGCUACUGUUUUCUUGUUUUGUUGUGUCACGGAAGAAGCUUUGUGAUAUGUUUGUUGUUUUGUAGUCUCAUUGUCUUUAAAAUGAGAUACACUCUUUGUGACUUUUGUAAUGAAUGUAUUCAGUUCCCCUCUAUCACAUUUCUACUCUCAGUUUUUUAAAA